UCGUAGACACGUUAACUCUCUCUGAUUUGUAUCUGUAUAUUGUAUUAAGUGAUAUUAUAUAAAUAUAAUGCGUUCAAAUGAAGGAUGUUUAACAUAUUGAAUACUCUUUUUGUUUGGGUAUACAUUAUACAAUGAUGUGGUGUUCGAUAUAAAUUUUAUUAUAAAGUCCAGACACCGUUAUCAUUAUUUAUAAUAUGCAGAGUAUAAUGCAGUAAAUAGUUAUAGAUUCUACAAAUAAACAAUAAAUUAGCCUUAUAAGACAGUGAUAACGAUAUUGAAUGGCCACAGCCUAAAUAUUAUAUUAUUACCGACUGAAAUAAUAGAUGGACAUGGACAUCAAUGCUGUUCAAAUUGUUGAUGCAAAUGAUCACAAUUACAAUAGAGUAGAGGAUGAAAUUGCUGUUCCUGAGCACCUAAUCGAACACAACUACUACAUUCCAAAUGUAGUGCAAGACAAUUCAGAUUCUGAAGACGGAUUUGAUAAAGUUCUGAUUGCUGAUGGCAUGCUUACGGACGAAGAUGAUGAAGAUCAACCGGCUAUCGAAAUUCAAAGACCAGUUACAUACAAAAAACUACCCGGAGUACACAACAAGUCCGAUGUAUACAUAGACAACUUGCACUAUAAAUACUAUAAAAAAAGUGUAUACCGCAACAAAAUGUAUUUGGUUUGCGAAAAGCAACGUAACAAAAAGGCUGAUGAUUACUGUCCUGCCAAGGCUACAAUUAAGCUUGACGACGCAAACAACCGCAUUGAGCUUCAACGUGACGGACACAAUCACCUUCCAAUGCAGCAAAACUUGGAAGUGCCAUUUGUAAGACCAGAUACUUACAGAAAACUACCCGGAGUGCACAACAAGUCCGAUGUAUACAUAGACAAUUUGCACUAUAAAUACUAUAAAAAAAGUGUAUACCGCAACAAAAUGUAUUUGGUUUGCGAAAAGCAACGUAACAAGAAGGCUAAUGAUUACUGUCCUGCCAAGGCUACAAUUACGCUUGACGAUGCAAACAACCGCAUUGAGCUUCAACAUGAUGGACACAAUCACCUUCCAGUGCAGCGAAACUUAGAAGUGCCACGUUCUAAGCAAAACUUCAUAAAAAUGGUUAAACACAUUCCGUAUUGUGGGUUAGUUGCUUUGACGACAGACGGUAUUAACAACUGGUCAUUUGUAGAACCUCCUGUACCUCCGUUAACCAAUUCUAUUAAUAAAAGAUUUAAUUGGAAUAUUUUAAGUACAGAUUUUGAUGAAUCUCCUAGUUAAAUUGCCAUCACUGCAAAUAGAUGAAAAUCUGACAUAUCAUUCGAGUAGUUACUAAAUGUUCAUUAGCUUAUUAUUGUUGUUUGUUUAUUUUUUUUUAUAUAUAUAUAGUUAGGAUAUUAGAGUAUAACUAUAUAAUUAUGUUAUAUGCUUACACCACCCGACUGAUAUAACGACUGUUGACGUUAUAAAUAAUCAUUGUGAUAUUCGAUAGUUCUUAACUUAUUUGUAAUAUAAAUUAAUUAUUUAUUCGGAAACAUUUUCUAUGAAACUUUUUAUAAUCCUAUUGACAUUAAACAUGUACGACAUGCAUUCAAUAUUUAAAAAAAAAAAUUAAUAUUAAUUACUAGUUAACUUGCCAAGUAUUAUAACAAAAUAAUAUUAUGUAUUCAACGUUCCUAUAGAUAAUGAUCAUUAUUGUAUAAUAUUGUAAUUACAUUUCAAACGAGGCCUUUGCAAUUUACUUUAAGGAAACAAAA